GAUAAAUAAAUAUUAUAGAAGUGUAUUGUGCACCAAACUCUUCGGACUUUAGUUUACGACACAAGGUUUGUUUACAUUUUCCUAUUUGCAGCACAUCAUGUAACAGCCCAACAACAGGAAGCGAACUUGGAAAAACGAAAGGACAAAUCCUUCGCCUUACAUGAGAGCAGCGGUAUAAUAGCUUGUGCAAGGACACCCUGGCAACGUUUGAAGGAAAAUUAAUUAAGGAAAAGACUGUAUCAAAUUUUUACUGAACGAAUCUGACGGCUGGUGGUGCCAACAUGGCUUGGGCAAUGACAGGAACAAAUCUUUUCUCGAGAGUGAUCAUCUCUCAGUCUCCCCGGCUGUUUUGUCACAGAGCGCAGCAGUACAGCACACUCAGAGGCUCACUCACACAGUUGAGAUCCAGUGCUUCACCAAAGUCCUUAUCUGGUUUGUUUAGGAAAAUCACAACCCCAGGAGUCUUUCAAACUGUUUUCCUUAGUGACAGCCCAAAAUUAGCUCAAAGCGUCCUCAAGAAUUUCUCUCUCACAUUGAACGAGACAUCAAUAAAUCAAAGCAAGCAUGCAUAUUUUGCUUCAGUAAGGACAUUUUCAGUGUCUCCAAGAUGCUUUUCUUCCUCCGGUUCUCAAAAUCACGGCCAAUCGAACAAGACAGGAAUGAUCUACAUUACUGCAACUUUUAUAUUCAUGAUUGGGGCUGCUUAUGCUGGAGUUCCUCUUUACAAAGUAUUUUGUCAGGCAACGGGUCUCGGAGGUCAGGCUGUCAAAGGUCACGACACUUCGAAAGUGGAGACCAUGGAGAAAGUGGACCGUCAGAUCAGGGUGAAGUUCAACGCCGAUGUUGCGUCCAGUAUGAGAUGGAACUUUAGACCACAGCAGACAGAGGUCAUGGUUGCCCCCGGUGAGACUGCCCUAGCCUUCUACACGGCCAAGAACCCCACAGAUAAACCCAUCAUUGGAAUAUCCACCUACAACGUUCUGCCGUUUGAUGCUGGCCAGUAUUUCAACAAGAUCCAGUGUUUUUGCUUUGAGGAGCAGAGGCUGAAUCCAAAUGAGCAG